CGAGGAUGGGGAAGAGGGCGAGGAGUGGGGGAACUCCCUCCCUGCUCCCCACGGUCGCUCUCCCGACGGCUCAGAUCAGUGCCAACCUCAGUAGGGAGAGGUAACAGUUCUAAUUCUACGCUCUUGACCAGUGCUCAGUUCAGUUGUUUCGAGAUUAGUGCACUUAUCCCAGGAAAUACAGUGUUAGAUUAUAUAUACAGCGUGAGUGCCGUCUACGGACCAAACAGGAUAUUUGAAACCAAUGGUUGUGUUGGAGACCAGCGGUAUAAUGACUUCCCCCGCCGGACACCAAUAUCUCCAGCCAGACUAUCUUUCUCCGCUUCCUACCACUUUGGAUGCCAAGAAAAGCCCUCUAGCUCUCCUUGCCCAGACAUGCUCCCAGAUAGGCGCAGAUUCACCCAACACCAAGCCGCUUCUCCCUUCGUUGGACAAGCCUAAGAAGACCGAACGAGCUUCAGCAACGCCACCGAAACCUCAGGACAAAGGCCUAGCCUUCAAGCCGUACGAAGCUAAUGUCCUUAGCAAGAAGUCCGAAACCCCCCGACCUUCAUCGAAAAGUCCCAGUGAAGACGAGAAGAGACGGACGCCGAGGAAGAGUGCUUCUCCCAAGGAAGAGAAGAAGGAUACCAGCCCCAUCAUCAGGUCCGGCCUGGAAGUUCUGCAAGGGACCAAAGAUAGCGUAUUCAAGCCGCCUAUGCUUCCUCCAGGAUGCUGCCCAGAUACGAACCCAGCCUUCCGACCGAUGAUGUACCCGCCUUACCUCAGCUACGCCAGAGUGAAGACCCCCGGCGGUGGCGAAGCCCUCGUUCCAGUCUGCAAGGAUCCGUACUGCGGCGGAUGCCAGUCCAUGCACGGCCUCGUACCAUGCCCAGCCGGUUGCACUCAGUGCGAACACCAAAAGUACCUGGCGACGCUGAUGUACCGGCCUUAUGUCUGCAAUUGGAUCGCCGGUGACGCCUACUGCGGAAAACGGUUUACUUCCUCCGAAGAACUCCUGACCCACCUGCGGACUCACACGGCAGAUUCGUCAAUAUUAAACCCCCUUAGGUAUCCCCAACCUCCGCUAUCUCCACUCUCCGCCAGGUACCACCCCUAUUCGAAACCCAUCCCCCCAGCGCUCCCCUACUUCACACCUUCCUUAGCACCUUAUUAUCCUUACCUUUACCCUCAAAGGGUACAUCCAUGAUCCGAAGAAACACCUAGUGAUACUUCCAAUAUAGAAAAGGACAACCCUUGUACAUAGUUUUAUUUGUGUUAUAUAAAUAUAAAUAUAUACUUUGUUUUGCUUAAUAAAUGGAUUAAUGUUUAUAUAAAUU